GCCAGGCUCCGUUCUAAGUUCUGGGACCAAACUUCUGGCCCUGGAGGUUGCCUGUUGGUAGCUGGCUUUUCUGAUGUGUUCUUUGGCUCUAUGGGGCUUGGUUAUAGGGUGGGAAAGACUACGGAGAGUGUCAUGACUGCCACCACCCCCAUGCCAUACAACCAGAGCUUCCCUGUAUUUAUACCAGAACUUCAUGAGGGCGUCUGUAAAACCUCUUUGGAAAAAGCGGUUGGGUUUCUGGUGUUGUUCGCUGGUUGGUUGGGGGCUUUGUGAGGCUUAGAAUCCAGGACCCACACUUGGCGCGCAAGUGCUAGAUCAUCGCCCGCAGCGUAUUCCCAGCCCCCAAAGAGAGCAGUUUCCCGGGGACUCACAACACCAUCUGCCCAUUACUAAAGCUCCUUUCUCCCUAGCUCACCUGCUUGUUGUGUUCCUUGGGAGUGUGUAGCCGAUGCUAAUUUUCUAGGGGUUUCCACGACCCUGAGAACUCUAUCCCUGACCGGGCAGUAGGGCUGGGUACAUGGAUGGCCACUAAGCCCCACCUCUCAGGACCCUCUGUAAUGACACAGCCUCUCACACCCACCCCUGGAGUAGACCUCUGGACUUUAGGACGAGCACCCUGAGCUCUUCCAGAUCAUGAGGCUUGUCUCCUCCAGGACUUUAGUUAGCCGGGACUUCUUCCCCCUCCUCGGGGGCUAGAGAAAGUGUUCCCUGAGGGGAGGGUCUCCUCUGUAGCAUGGGGCUUUAACCCCAAGACACACCUGGGUCUUGUACACAGGAAGGAAUCCCCAGGCUACUUGGAGACAUCUUAUUAUCCCCGCCCACACCUUGGAGUGUUGGUGCCAAAAGGAAAGACGUUAAUGGCGUGCACCCACCUGCACAGCAGGGUGGAGACCCAGCCAUGAGGUGGAGCUGUGCCCCUGGGUCCUUUCCUCCUGGGGAAUGAGUGAGGGUGCACAGGCUAGAGGGAGGUGCUGAAGUCCCCAGGAGAGGCCUGAAGGUCUAAGUGGGGGCCACUUCCCCCCCCCUCACCUCUCUGUUGCUUUUGGCCACCUGCCCGGUGGGGCCUUGGUCACACUGCCGCUGGCCUCACAGCCCUGGCUGCCUCAGAGAGUGAGGCCCAUUGGAGGGUAGUAGGAGGGAUUGGCUGGUGGCGGGAAUCUCACAACUAGGCAGGCUUCAAAAAAUGUCUUCCGUGUCCAGUGGUAAAGUCUCUAGGGGAUGAAGUGCCUUCCCUCAGUCCAAGGUGUGAACUCACUCACCUAUACAGCGUGCAGGUGCAGACUCGGGGUGACAGGCCCGAGCCUCCCCAUUAAGUCCCUGCACCGUGCCUCCCUUCUUUGUCCUCUGAGAAGCCAGAGAGGCUGGUGACAAAGAUGAGGUCACAGGUGACCUGGGUAAACUUUGGCGUUUGUGAAAUAUUGUAACCCCCUUGCUUCCUGUCAGGGAGGUAUGUCUCUAUGCAUUAUUACACAGAUAAGGGAAGGGACACUCAGGGUUAGUGACUUGCCCAAGGUCACAUAGCCCUGGGGUCAGAUGAGAGAUAAGCCCGUGUGCUUUCCUGUGUUCCCACAGCGAUCACUGAUUUCUGUUCAUGUGUCACCUGGGGGAUGUUCUAAAUGCAUAGAGUCCCCCAAAUUAAAAUUAUGCUAACGAGCCUGGGACUCCAAAGCAGUUCUCAGAGAGGGAUGAAGGACCCUGUACCAAAGCAAACCACUUUGAUGGAGUCACCAGGCUCCCCUUUUCCUCUUGCCGUGCUGACUGGAAGCCUCUAGCCGAUGCUUCUUUCCUUCUGCCUCCCCUGAUGUCCAGCCCACACGCUCCCCGUCCUGGGUCCUCGCCGUUCACCGGCUUUGCCCCCUUCCCUCUGCCCCUCUCCAUCUCCUUUUUCUGAGGUCUCCUUCCUUGACUGGAGGAAAUGGAUGGGCUGGGGUGACUGACUGAACUCACAUCCUUUGCUUGGGCCUGAGACAGGGGUGACCCUUCCAGCCCCAGAGCCAGGCUGGAGAAGAAGGUUAUGCCGCGGCGGCGGAAGUGACUGGAGCCACCACCAGGAACCAGGACCCUCCGCCCUCCCGCCAGGGUCCCCAGCCCAGUUUCUGUGAGCCUCUCCUCCGCCACCUUUCCGGCUAUUGUUCUGGAAAGAACAGAGCCACCUAUCUGGCCCUGCCCGUUCCUGCCUGUGUCCCUCCUGUCACAUUGUCUGCCCCUCCCUAGAGGGGACACAUCCAGCCACCCAGCUGCUCCAUCCCAGACUCUCCAAGCCAGCGGGCUAGUGAAGGGAAGGCUCCCUGAAGGACUCUGAUUCUCUUCUCUUGGGACCUUGUCUUCACUGAGGCUUAACGAGGCCCCUUGGUGGCCAAAGUCGUGCCGCCCAGGAAAGGCAGACUAGCCUUUGGGUCGUACACUUCCUGCUUCCGCAACUCCUGUUCUUUCCCUGCCCCGAAUGGUUCUGUAUUAUAAGAACUGUCAGGUCAGAGGGGACGAGAGGAAGGCUGGGAGAUCUGUGCUUCCUCCCUGCGGCCCCCACACAUUCUCUCUCCUGCCCCUUCUUGGUUCUGUAUUUACCUUUUUAGUGCAGAGUCCUUGGGCUCCACCUCUGUGUGUCUGCCCCCUCCCUCCCUGAUGGAAUGAGGCCCUGCCUUUCCCAGGCUGCUGGGGUAUUUGGGGGCCCACCGGGGCCUGGGGGGCAGGCCUGGACCAGCAUGCUUGGCACCUUGCCCAGCCUGGGCCGAGCCCGGCCCACUCCUUCCCAGCAGGGUGGGUUCCAGCAGGACGCAGGGGCUGCCUGUGACAAGGCUUCUCCUUUGCCAACACCUCCAGGAACUCCCCAACAUGGUCUGCAUGCCACUGGUUCCUCACCUGCAUGUAGCCCGUCCUAGGGCGGCAGUGCCCACUGCUUCUCUGAGGGGGUCCACCAAGUCAAAGCUUGUGGGUAUCAAGUUGGCAGGUGUUCCCCAAGCAGACAGAGAUCCAUGGAAAUGCCAGAGGCCAGUUUGGGUACGGUGCCCCCACUAUGAUGGUCAACAUGUAAGGAGUGCUCAGUCAUUAUUGUUGCCGUCAUUCGCAUGCCCACAGGGGACAGACACUGUCGUGACAGCUUCGGGGGGCAGAUUCUAUGAUCAGCCUAUUUUUUGUGGAGACCAAGUCGUGUAGGUUAAAUGACCUGCCCAGAUGGGCAAGGCUGGCAGGCACAUGACUCGGACUGGUGUCGGUAUAUUCUAUAUGGCCCUGCCCACCAGGUCCUACUCAGGGAUGCCCGGAGCCCAGCUUUGUCAACAUCCUCUCUGCCCUUGAAUACUUAAGGCCUCCCUCCCUUCUUUCUGUGCCUGUUCCCCUUAGCCCAAUAGGACAAUAUGACUCUCUCCCUAACCCAUUCAGGCAGGAAUGCCAACCAUGCGCCCCGUGGGCCUGUCCUAUUGAAGGCAUGCCAUGCCAGUACCCCUUCCCGCCCCCUUUUGGCUCUAUAAACGAGCUGGGCAGGGGCUCUAGGGAAACCAGGCUGCUGCUGCAGUGGCUUCUGUACUGUGCCCUCGAGCCAUAGGGACAGGACCUGUAAAAGGCCAUGGGGCAGGUGCUCUUCUGUACACCAAAAGAGCUCCUCGGCUCCACGAAGAGACUCAACAUCAAUUACCAGGAUGCUGAUGGAUUCUCUGCUCUCCACCAUGCUGCCUUGGGGGGCAGCCUGGAGCUCAUAGCCUUAUUGCUGGAGGCUCAAGCCACUGUUGACAUCAAAGACAGCAAUGGCAUGCGUCCCCUCCACUAUGCAGCUUGGCAGGGCCGCCUGGAGCCCGUGAGACUGCUGCUGCGGGCUUCAGCGGCUGUCAAUGCUGCCUCGCUGGACGGCCAGAUCCCUCUGCAUCUGGCUGCGCAGUAUGGGCAUUAUGAGGUGUCAGAAAUGCUUCUCCAGCACCAGUCUAACCCAUGCCUCGUCAACAAGCUGAAGAAGACACCCCUAGACCUAGCCUGUGAAUUUGGGCGGCUCAAGGUGGCCCAGCUGCUUUUGAACAGCCACUUAUGUGUGGCCCUGCUGGAGGGAGAGGCAAAGGACCCGUGUGACCCCAACUACACCACACCCCUGCACUUGGCUGCCAAGAAUGGCCACAGAGAAGUCAUCAGGCAGCUCUUGAAAGCUGGUAUUGAGAUCAACCGCCAGACCAAGACGGGUACCGCACUCCACGAGGCUGCAUUAUACGGCAAAACCGAGGUGGUACGGCUGCUCCUAGAGGGCGGUGUGGACGUGAAUAUCCGGAACACAUAUAACCAGACGGCGCUGGACAUAGUGAACCAGUUCACCACCUCCCAGGCCAGCCGGGAGAUCAAGCAGCUACUUCGGGAGGCUUCAGGGAUCUUGAAAGUUAGAGCACUUAAGGAUUUCUGGAACCUUCAUGACCCCACCGCUCUCAAUGUCCGGGCAGGAGAUGUCAUUACGGUGCUUGAACAGCAUCCUGAUGGCCGUUGGAAGGGCCACAUCCAUGAGAGCCAACGGGGCACAGACCGUGUAGGCUACUUCCCUCCGGGCAUCGUCGAGGUGGUCAGCAAGCGGGUGGGCAUACCUGUGACCCGUCUCCCCUCGGCACCUACCCUGCUGCGGCCAGGCUUCUCCCGGAUAUCGCAGCCCUCUGCCGAUGAUCCCCUGCAACCCCUCACCUAUGGCCAGCUCCCUCGGGUGGGCCUCAGCCCAGACAGUCCAGCAGGUGACAGGAAUAGCGUGGGCAGCGAGGGCAGUGUGGGCAGCAUCCGCAGCGCUGGCAGUGGGCAGAGUUCCGAAGGCACCAAUGGCCACGGCACUGGCCUCCUUAUUGAAAACGCUCAGCCACUGCCCUCUGCCAGUGAGGACCAGGUACUGUCAGGCCUGCAUGCCCCACCCCUGGCAGACAACCCGAGCCACCGCCCCCUGGCCAGUUAUCGCUCUGGGGAGAUCUUCACCCAGGAUGUGAGGCCAGAGCAGCUGCUGGAAGGGAAGGAUGCACAGGCCAUUCAUAACUGGUUAAGCGAAUUCCAGCUGGAAGGCUACACUGCCCACUUCCUGCAGGCUGGCUAUGAUGUGCCAACCAUCAGUCGAAUGACACCUGAGGAUCUGACGGCCAUUGGGGUCACUAAACCUGGACACCGGAAAAAGAUCGCCUCAGAGAUUGCCCAGCUCAGCAUUGCUGAGUGGCUGCCCAACUAUAUCCCGGUGGACCUUCUGGAGUGGCUGUGUGCACUGGGGCUGCCACAGUACCACAAGCAGCUGGUGAGCAGUGGCUACGACUCCAUGGGGCUGGUGGCUGAUCUCACCUGGGAGGAACUGCAGGAGAUAGGCGUGAACAAGCUGGGGCAUCAGAAGAAGCUCAUGCUAGGUGUGAGGCGGCUGGCAGAACUUCGAAGGGGCUUGCUGCAUGGGGAGGCCCUCGGUGAAGGUGGACGCCGGCUGAGCAGGGGGCCAGAGCUGAUGGCCAUUGAAGGCCUGGAGAAUGGGGAAGGUCCAGCGCUGGCUGGCCCUCGCCUCCUCACCUUUCAGGGCAGUGAGCUGAGCCCAGAGCUACAGGCAGCUAUGGCAGGGGGUGGCCCGGAACCACUCCCCCUGCCCCCUGCCCGUUCUCCCAGCCAGGAAAGCAUUGGUGCACGCUCACGGGGAUCUGGUCACUCACAGGAACAGCCUGCCUCUCAGCCCAGUCUGGGUGACCCCAGUGCCCCACAGGAGAGGAACCUUCCAGAGGGUACAGAGCGUCCCUCUAGGCUUUGUCCUCCACUCCCUGGCCAAGGACCUGCCCCUUAUGUCUUUAUGUGUCCACAGAGUUCACCCUCUAGCCCAGCCCCAGGGCCCCCUCCUGGUGCUCCCCGGGCCUUCUCCUAUUUGGCUGGCUCUCCUGCCGCUCCUCCAGACCCGCCUCGGCCCAAACGCCGGUCCCACAGCCUGAGCCGCCCUGGCCCUGCUGAGGGGGAGGCCGAGGGGGAGGCUGAAGGGCCAGCGGGCAGGGCCCUGGGCAGUUAUGCCACCCUUACUCGGAGACCGGGACGCAGCACCCUUGCCCGGACUAGCCCUAGCCUGACCCCAACUCGAGGGACCCCCCGAAGCCAGUCCUUUGCCCUCCGCGCCCGUCGUAAAGGUCCGCCACCCCCACCCCCCAAGCGCCUCAGUUCGGUCUCUGGCUCCACCGAGCCGCCUUCACUAGAGGGAAGCCCAGGACCCAAGGAAGGGGCCACGGGUCCCCGGAGGAGAACACUGAGCGAGCCAACGGGCCCCUCAGAGCCCCCCGGUCCCGCUGCCCCGGCUGGCCCUGUGUCGGACACAGAAGAAGAGGAGCCUGGGCCUGAGGGGACAUCCCCAUCUCGGGGCAGCUCAGGAGAAGGGCUGCCGUUCGCGGAGGAAGGGAACCUGACUAUCAAGCAGCGGCCGAAGCCGGCUGGUCCCCCGGCCCGGGAGACACCUGUGCUCCCCGGCCUUGACUUCAACCUCACAGAAUCAGACACUGUCAAACGGAGGCCCAAAUGUAAAGAGAGAGAGCCGCUCCAGACUGCACUGUUGGCCUUUGGGGUAGCGGGUGGUGACACCCCUAGCCCCCCUGCACCCCUGUCCUCCCAGGCCCCCUGUGAACCUCCCUCAACUUCCUCGAACCCUGCACGGUCUGAGUCUAGCAGCCUUCCGUCUCAAGGAACUCCAGCUCCUUCUCUCAGCCCCCUGUCUCAGCCCCCCAGCCACCACGGGACCUCUGCUGGGCCAGCUCUGGCAACAGGCAGUCGGCUGACUGUGGAGACAGAGCCUCCAGCUGCCCCUGCUGCCCUCCUCAAAGUGCCUGGAGCAGGAACAACUCCCAAGCCUGUGUCUGUGGCCUGCACUCAGCUGGCAUUUUCUGGCCCAAAGCUGGCUCCCCGGCUUGGACCCCGCCCCGUACCUCCUCCGAGGCCUGAGAGUACUGGGCCUGUGUGUCCCGGCCGGGCCCAGCAGAGACUGGAGCAAACCAGCUCAUCCUUGGCAGCUGCACUCAGGGCAGCCGAGAAGAGCAUUGGCACUGAGGAGCGAGAGGGCCCCACAGCGACCUCUACCAAGCACAUUCUGGACGACAUUAGCACCAUGUUUGACGCCCUGGCUGACCAGCUGGAUGCCAUGCUGGAUUGAGCAAGAACGGCUUGUGACCCUCCCUCCCAUGGUACCCACAGUGGCCUGCCAGUGUUCACCGCCUGUGGCCCAUCAUGGAAGAAGACCCUGGCACCCAAGGAACAGGCAGAGGGUUGGUUGAGCUGGAGUGCCCUUCCGCAGCAGAGGCCCCCCCCUGCGGCUUCCAGCAGUGGCUGUCAGGCCCAAAGGGGGCUGAAAGGACUUGUCAGAGCCUGACUGAGGGCCUCAGCUGUAAGGGAGCAAGGCCCCUCCUGUGUACAGCUGACUGCUCAGCUUUGGCCCCUGAACAGGGACCCUGGUGAGAGCAUUCUUAGAGGAGGUAGCCGCAGGGCUUUCGGAUGCCUGCGCCGCCCCGCCCAUGUCUAAAGCCUCUGCUUAGGGAACUCUUCUGGCCACCCACUGCGCUGCUCCGGGGCUCUGGGAGGCUGUGUCCCUCCGUGCAAGUGUACAUAGGUGAUGUAAAUACACAGCAGGGGCAUGCCUUUCUGCCAGUGCCCAGUGGCCCUGUCACCUCCUGCCCGUCUGGCCAUCCCACCCGGGGAGGCAGUGCUGGCCAGGGUCAGAGGCAGUGAGGUUAACAGAUCCCCAAUGCCCAAACUUUCACAACUGUACAUAAUAUUUUUCAAGCAGAGAGAAAUGCAUAUAUUUUAAAUGGAAUUUAUUCUAUCUAUUAACUGCCUGAGAGAAUGCAGGGUGGGGGGGAAGGCCUUCACACCACAGAAGAACCUAUACCCACCUCCCGCCGGAGGACCCAGUUGGUCCAGGCCCAGGAUCUGUAACUAUUAACCUCUUCCCCAACUAACACCAAUGAAAGUGUCAUUCCACGUGA